GCACAUGCGCAGAGAAGACUGCUUUCUUGGGCGAUGAAAGCUAUUGAUUACACGGAUUUCUUGCGCUUGUUAUCGUUUUAGUUAUGUAACGUGUUUUAUUUUCCUGAAUUCCAAUAUCGAACCAAUGCAACCAACACAAGCAGGAAAUCGGAUCGCAUUAUUUAAGAAGAUAAUCUGGGCGAAAAACCAUCUGGUUUAUUUCUGCGUUGGCGCGAUGCUUUGCGGAACACGUGAUCUUUCCAUCCAAUCAUGGCGCUGCAACGUUAGUCAUCGUCUUCUUUGUUCUGGAUUUAUUAACGAUGUUGACUGAUUAUUCGUUUACAGUUUAUGGAUUAUUUAAAACAGAGUCUUUGAUCGCUAGGGAAUGUUGUUGGUGUGUGAUGCUUUUCAAAAAGGCGACGUGUUUCUCGAAAUCUUGUUUAAAACGGGUUUUCAAGCGAUACGAGCAGUUGUGUGUGUGUGUCACAUGACUCACCCUGCCCCCACUUCGAUCCAAUGAAUGGGGAAGAAGAAGUCGGACAUGUUUGAGGGUAAUGUGCUGAAUAAAGAAACGUGGCCGAAGACAAGAAGGAAAAACAGGAUUUUUUUAAAACAAUGAGGAAUUCGAUAUUUUUUGUUUUUCCUUUUUAUUUCAUGUAAUCUGGAUAGAGGUAUAUGGAAGGAGACCUGUAUUUUUAAGACAAUUCUUAUUAUUGUUUGUCGUUGUUUAAACCAAAUUUAAAUGAGACAGUUUUAUUUAAAUAACUUACAGAUAAACACAUCUGGCCGAUUUAGUGUGUUUUUUGUCUUCUAACAAUCUGUGACAUUGUUUCAUAGCUGUAACCUUGGCAGUGGGGGAUGGGUGACAGUAUAGUUACUAAAAAUCUGUUGUCCCAGGCGAUUUUAAAUUUCAAAACUUUUAAAUGUUGUUUGUUUUAACGUUAGGUGACUUUUCAGACAGCUUAUGUUUGUUCAUCGUUUUAGAAGGGAAGUCUUAUGUAGUUCAGCCGUUUACUGAAAUGAUGUAACCUGUGUAAUUAAAAAUGUCGACGAGAUCAGUUAAUAUUGAUAGUUGCCGCAUUAAAUAAAAACUUAAUAAGGCAAACAGACGUAUUUGAGUUCUGUGGAUCGUUUUGGUGGUUAGAUUUCGGUUGUGGCCUAAAAUGUUGUACUAUUCUAGAACUUUCGAUUGAGAAUGUGAUUACUAUUUAUCGUGUAAUAAUUUGUCUUUUGGUUAAUUAUACGUGUUCUGGUUCAUAUUGUAGUAGUGUGUAAUAUAUUUAAUCACCGAAAUUCGUCGUUUGAAGGAACAAAGUUGCUGCGUCAUUUAAUGGCGGACACUCCUUGUAGGCCAUGUUGAAUCGACAGAGAAAGUGAAGGGCGUCGAGCACUGUUUAUGUGUUUGAAUACUAUUACAGGCUUUACUAUUUUUUAUUUACCACGAUGCGUUUUAAGAUUGUGUUGUUUUAAUUGCACAAUAUUACACCGUUUUUGUGUUAGAUGUCGUCGUGUUUUCCCUGUAGUUUUUCGGGACGUGUCAAUAUUACAAGUUUUUGUUUAACAACUAUUAGUUUAAUUGAAGUUUUGUAGUUUUAUUUUAGGAAUUCGAGGAGCAGAGUGUAAAACGAAGUGAGCUCUGUGUGUGCGUGUGCAGCGUUUGCCUCAUGCGCGUGACCAAUCGGCUAAACCAAUGGCGUGUUUCCAACUUGCCCUGGGUGAUCGCGCCUUAGUUUUGGUGGACCAAUCAGUGAAGCUUGUUAGAGUUACGUUGACGUAACAGAAACCCCUGAGAAACGUAAUGUUUGUUUUCCGAUCCUUGCGUGUUUAAAACUACUCUCAAAAACAUUUGAUUGUAUGAUUGUCUCAUAUCUGGAACGAUAAUAGUUCAUGUAUAAAUGCUGUUCCCUGCGAAAAUCCACGAAUUGUUCUGAAAGUACUCUAAAGGCGUGGCCUAUUUGACGGACGUCUAGAGUGGCCUGUAGGAAAUGCGUGGGGGUGUACUUUGGCAUUACAUCAGCCAAUGGAGUCGUCGUUGGGUUUAUAAAAAGUCGGGCGGAGCCUUAGCGUCGCCAUUUCAUUGUAGCUGUGAGCUGGAUGAUAGAGGAAGUCUGAAAAACAAGGCCGCGAAACUCGGAUAUUCGAACGAAACCGGUUAAUAAACUGAAUCCGGAUCCAUCCCGAUGGAGACGGCCAUUAGCCCGCCCUUUGACAGGUCAAUUUAAAACCCACCCCCAGUUUCCAGUUGGACUGUGGUACAUCCGCUUGCUCUUUGGGCGGGAACGACGGCAUGCAGGGGGCCAUAAUGAUGGAUCAGGCCGUCUCCGGCCCUGGCAAGCGCAUCCGCAAGCCGUCGUUGCUGUAUGAAGGUUUUGAAGGGCCUGCUCUGCCCCAUGCACCUCCAUCCGGACCCCCCCAACCCCCCGUACGGGACAUCAAUCGACCGGGCCGCAUGACCAACCAGCUGCAGUUCCUUCAGAAGGCUUUAGUUAAGACACUGUGGAGGCAUCACUUCGCCUGGCCUUUCCACGAACCAGUGGAUGCCUCCAAGCUCAACCUCCCAGAUUACUAUAAAAUCAUUAAACAGCCAAUGGACAUGGGCACCAUCAAGAAAAGAUUGGAGAACAAUUAUUACCGCAGUGCCGGCGAGUGCAUGCAGGAUUUCAACACCAUGUUCACCAACUGCUACAUCUACAACAAGCCGACCGAUGACAUCGUCCUGAUGGCUCAGUCUCUGGAGAAGGCUUUCCUGCAGAAGGUGGCCCAGAUGCCCCAAGAGGAAGAAGAGAUUCCCUCAGCUGCCCCCAGAGGCAAACCAGGCAAACCCCCAAGAGGCCGCAAAUCAGGUGGAGUAACAACAGCUCAUCAAGUUCCUGCUAUAUCAUCGGUGUCCCAGUCAACCUACUCCCCACCCACUCCUGACACCCCAGACUCAGUCCUCUCCACUCCGCCGCAGACGCUAAUAGCAAAGACUCUGGCCCGCCAGCACAGCACCCCCGCACUGCUGGGCCUGCCCCCUACCCAGCCUACUGCUAAGAAAAAGGGUGUCAAACGCAAGGCAGACACCACCACCCCCACCACCACAGGCAUGCCCCUCACCAUGGGCGUGGGUGGCAUGGGUCUCGGCAUGGGCGGAGGCGACUCCCCUCUUACCCUCUCUACUUUAGGGGCUGACCCUGACCCUAAACAGGGCCUGUCUCUUGGCAUGGGCCACACCGGAGGCCUGGUCGGAGACAACGCUCUGCCAAGACGUGGAGGCAGUGGCAGGCCAAUCAAGCCACCACGGAAAGACCUGCCUGACUCCCAGCACGCACACCAACCGGUGCGGCGCGGGAAACUGAGCCAGCAGCUUCGAUACUGCAGCGGGAUUCUCAAAGAGCUGCUGUCCAAGAAACACGCAGCCUACGCCUGGCCCUUCUACAAGCCGGUGGACGCUACAACACUGGGACUUCAUGACUAUCAUGAUAUUAUCAAGUAUCCCAUGGAUCUGAGCACAAUAAAGAGGAAAAUGGAUCACCGAGAGUACAGGGAUGCGCUUCAGUUUGCCGCUGACAUCAGGCUAAUGUUCUCAAACUGUUACAAGUACAAUCCUCCAGAUCACGAUGUGGUGGCCAUGGCACGAAAAUUACAGGAUGUCUUCGAGUUUAGCUUCGCCAAGAUGCCCGACGAGCCCCUGGAGUCCCUCGCACCUGCGUCCCUAGGCGGCGGAUUGGGCGGUCGCUCCUCUUCCUCCUCCUCAUCCUCUUCGUCAUCAGAGAGCGACAUAAGCAGCGAGAGUGAGAGCAGCCUGAGCUCCGACAGCGAGGAGGAGAGAGCGCAUCGCCUGGCCCAGCUUCAAGAGCAGCUGAAGGCGGUGCAUGAGCAGCUGGCCGCGCUGUCCUCCACCCCCAUCAUCAAACCCAAGAAGAAGAAAGAAAAGAAGGACAAGAAGAAAAAGAAGAAGCCCGAGAAACAUAAGCGAGGCAGGAGCACGAUGGACGAUGAGGCCAUCAUCCGGCCGGCAAAAACGCCAAAGCUCUCAAAGACACCAAAGAGCAGGAGGAAUAGCAAAUCAGCAGCGUCGUCCACUCAGGGCAAGAAGAGCUCCAAUAAAAAGAGCAGCAAGAGCAAAUCCUCAAAGAAAUCUGCCUUCAAUGCCCAACCCGUGAGCCACGGUGGUCUUACUCCCCACUAUGACUCAGAAGAAGAGGAAGAGACCAGUCCUAUGAGCUACGACGAGAAACGACAACUCAGCCUUGACAUCAAUAAGUUACCGGGCGAGAAACUGGGUCGCGUGGUGCACAUCAUCCAGUCGCGAGAGCCCUCGCUGCGUGACACCAACCCAGAGGAGAUCGAGAUCGACUUUGAGAUGCUCAAACCAUCCACGCUACGCGAGCUGGAGAGAUACGUCAUGAUGUGUUUACGAAAGAAGCCGCGGAAACCAUUUGUGGGAACCAAAAGCACUGCAGGUAAAACUCGUGAGGAGAUAACUUUAGAGAAGAAGCUGGAGCUGGAGAAAAGACUGCAGGACGUCAGCGGACAGCUCAACUGCAAUAAAAAAACACAGAAAACCAAAGUGGAGAAGCCCACUGGGGUGGAAUCUCAUGCUGUGGCUUCUCGCCUCAGCGCUAGCAGUUCCAGUUCAGACUCAUCUUCCUCAUCCUCAUCUUCCUCAUCCUCUGACACCAGUGAAUCUGAUUCAGACUGAACCAAUUACAAACGCUCAUGUCGAAAUGCACUCCAUCCCAGAAACGGAGGGAAGUUAACGGAACGAAGAGCAUUUAUCGCAUUAAGCAUUGGGAGGGUGAAUGCAAAAGAAUUCUGGGAACUAUUGGACAGAGACGUGACUGAUAAAUAAGGCUUCGUUGUCUCAUUUGGGACUCGUUUCCGUUAGUCCAUUCUUGUGUAUAUAAAUGUACAUAGAUAUAAAUAUCUAUUUUUUCUUUUAUAAAGAAGAAUUUUAAGGAAUUCCCUGAUAGGGAAAACAAAAGAUCUUGACUUUGUUUUUUUUUUUGCUUUUGUGAAUUUUUUCUCCCUCUUUUCGUUUGACCUCUUGGUUGUUUGUCCUAAAGAAAACAAAAGGCUCGGAGAGGAGACUGCUGUCACUUUUGUUUGCAUGAGCGAGUACGUGUGACGUAUACACGCAUGCACGUACGUGGAUGUGUUGAAGCUUGGUUGUACAUUUGAAUGAACCUUCUAAGCGUUAGUGAAAACAGAGCUCCACCUAUUCAAAUGCCAUCUGUAUACCCAGAAGUCAGGAGAAUAAUGCCAGCCAUCUCUUGAGUGGCAAUGCUAGCUUUAUUGGCGUCUUAACACUUGAAUCUUAUCACUUCACCAUCCAGCCUGCUUUAUCCGGUCAGAAUCCCCAUGAGCAAAAUUUUAUAUCUCACAUAAAAUACAGAAUCAUGGUCUGCAUUCAGCUGAGCAUAUGCAUCUCUAGAUACAUAAUUUAUUUUUUGUUUCUUAUGUGGUUCCGAUCACAAGAGUUUUUGAGAAUAAGAUGCACUAUUAGAGGUACAGCUGCUUAAAUGGGUGUGAAUUUGAAUUACUCUUGUAAAUCUUGGCUGUUUUGUUUGUGUGCUUUUUAUUUGCCCAGAGAAUUAAUGCACAAUUUAUGAGUUCUGCAAAGCAAUCCAAACCUGAAAUUCAGGACAUGGUUUUAAAGAAAAAGUUUCAGCAUCUUACAAGAUACGGUUACACAACAAGACUUUAAUUUUUUAUUUCUCCACAAGAAUUUGUACAUAUAUAACAGUCUUGCAGCUUGUAUCCGUUAAUAUGACCCAUGUUGUUUUUCUUUGUGUCUUUCUGGUUUAAAACUACUUAUUAGUGUUGUGGCUGGUUGUUUCCACAGCUAAUAUGGUUUUGUUUUUCCAAGAGUACAACAGCAAACAUACAAACAGAAAGAAACCUGAAGUUACUAGCAUCAUCUCAACAGAUGCUUUGUGUCACCAUAAUUCUCAUCUGAAACAUUUCACAUGAAUAAAGAGGAUGAGAUGUUCUUAAA